CGUCGUGGAAAAGAAGGAAAGAGUCCCUUGUUUUCCUCUCUCUUUCCUCGCCGCAUGACGCGUGCUUCUUGUUUGACACUCUCCUCCGAUUGCUCCUACAUAUUCGCCCAACAAUCGACAUCCUUUUCAAAUUUCUCCACAUCUCCCGUCAUGUCUGCUGCAUCGCCGGAGUUCUACCAGCCGUGCGCGCCGCCCGCCUACUCGCCGGGACGCCUGCGCGUUGCCGCCUCGGAACCGUCUGCAAACGGCGAGGACUACCGCUGCCGGACGCCGACCGGGGUCAGCUAUCUGGGGGAACCACUCAGCUGCCCGCCGGCGCCCAUGAAGCCGCGGGAGCCGCCAGCCUCCGCAUGCAGGAGGCGGCUCUUCGACGUCAAGGUCAUCAGGCUGCGCUUCGACGACGACCUCGAGGCCAUCGAUCGGCCCUCCUUCCUCCGCAACGGCAAGCGGCGGCCCGGCAAGAUUAGUGGUGGGAGCCGUCGUUCUACUAUGUUAAGUUGAGUGCUCAGUGGUGCUAGUGCUGGUGCUUAACACUUGAGUCGACAUAUAUUAUCAUCAUUAUUAGGUAUUAAAAAAAUUAGCAGCAGAAGUUGCACUAGGGCGCACUAUCGUCCUCUGUAAGAUCCAUCCAUCAUGAUACGGGUUAUUGAUGAUUAUUUCUAUC